GCUGGAGUCGCGGAGUUUCCUAGCCCAGGCCCCUAAUAACCUGAAGACCUCCUACCUCCUUUACCGUGUGGAAUUUUGGGAGACAUUCGAGGCACAGCUAUAAAGCUGGGCAAGCUACAUGGAAGGCUGAGGCAGGAAAGUCAUUUGAGUCCAGUGUCUGAGACCUGCUCCAGAAAGAUAACGAGGCCCCGCCUCUUGACUUAAAACAAGAUCCAGCUACAGAACAUCCCACGUAGCUGCAAAGGCAUUCACGGAGGGAAGAAAUGAAUGACAGAAUUAGGGUCCUCUGAAAGGAACAUUUAUACUCCAUAUCACUGAAGACUGAGGAGAAAACACCUUCCCCCAACCACUAGCAUACCUGGAGGAAAGACGUUUCUCUCAGCUCUUUUAACACCUAGAUCAGAACACUACACAGGCUGAGUCCGGGUAAUAGCUUUUGUUACCUAUGCAUUGAUAACAAUUAGCUUAUAAGUAGUUGUUUCCAGCUGCUCCCCUCUGAUUAAUCAAUGAAGACAAAAGUAUUAUGGCAUGCCUGUGAUUUGCUAUCUGCAGAGUUAGAAACUUAGCAAGACUGAGCCGAGGGCAAGACGAGUAUGUACUUAAAGGGUCAGGGGAGGAAGGACUGGAGUGGGCAGAGCGAGUUUAGACAAGGGGGAAAGGCAAAAAGAGAGAAAUUCUUUCAGGCCUAGAUAACAGGAGUCGAUGACCAGGAUUCUCUUUACAUUUCUCUUUGUACCCCUCCCAGUGGUCCUGGGGGUUGUUGGAGGUUUUUGUUUGCUUUGUUUUUGUUUUGACAAGGUCUUAUUCUGUAACCACAUCUGGCCUGCAAUUCAUAAUGUAGCCCAGGUUGACCUCAGACAUCUGACAGUCCUCCUGUUUCAGCUUCCCUAGUACCAUGCCUGACCUAAGCCAGGGCUCUUACAGCGUCUCAUUAAACAGUGCUAACGGGAAUCACGUAAGCCCUUAUGCUAAACAGUCCAAAUAGACCCUUGCCCUCAGCUGUGCAGCUUUGGUUCUAGACAACAAAACUGGCAACCUUGGGCAAGAGAUGACUUGGUGGGUGGUGCGGAUGCUAAGCACAUGUGUCUCUGAGUUCAAUUCCUACCACCCCAAACAAAACAACCCCGAACAACCAAAUAAGUCAUUUCUCCUUCCAGUCCCGAGAUCCUCCGUUAGCAGUUACUUAAGCCUCUGAGCCUUUACAAGUCGUAGCACUUCCUGGUAUAGUUAGGGAGGGCUUUGAUUGCCUUGAGUCUGGAUGCACAUGCUUAGCAGGAUGGAGGGGGUCCUUGUUUUAUGUAACCUGAACUCCAGGUCCAGGGUCAGUAUCACCACUUGAAGGAUGAGGGCCCAGGCUUCUUUUAGCUUUACUUGGAGAUGUUGGGUUCUUAGCAGGAAGGAGGAUAAAAAGCAAAUGACCAAAACUGCACGCCCUGUCUGGCAGUCGGAUUCCCAGUAGAAUUAGUUGCUAGGUCAGCGUGGUGCGUUGGGGACUCUACUGCUCUGUGCUUCUCUCUCAUUUCUGUGAUUUCCUCAAGAUAGCCAUGUUGUUUGUUUUGUUUUGAGACAGUUUCCUAUUCCACAGCUUGGCUCCAAAUUCCCUAUGUAAUUAAGGAUGACCCUGAAUUCUCGAUCCUCCUGCCCCCAUCUCCUGAUAACUAGGCUAACAGGCUUGUAGCACCCACCCAGCAGCGGGUUAGUUUUGAAAAUGUACGCUUUUUUGGUUGGGAUGAUCAGGAACAGGUUCAGGGGCCUCCACCCGACCUUUCCCACUAUGACAGCUUUUGUCCCACAGGCCAAAACUGUUGCUGUAGAGUUGGUGACUCUAUCAGCAACUAAAUAUGUUCACUUCUACAGCCAGGAGGACCAGUGGGCACUUGGUUUCAUUGACUCGCUAGGAAUACAGUCUUCUUAAACAGUGUGGAAAUUGACUUGGAUCAAGAAAUGGGGCAAGCGAUUGUUUACCAGAAGGGAGUUUCUCUCAGUCUCUUCCUCCUCUAUCUGUGGGUUUUAAAAAUUAUGUAGUGGAACUGAUUGGUUGCCCACUUAUAUUUCUACCAGUGUUCUAUUAACUAUGUGCAUAGCUCUCUGGGAGUCUGGCUCACUCUAAUCUUGACAUCUAAAACAACACUACUUAAUCUGGAAUACUGUGAUGCCUACUGCUCCUAACUCAAAUACUGUCUAUCAGCAGCCCUGGCCUACAGAGAACCCCUCUUGCCAGCUUGUGAAAGAAGGCAGAACACCACCAGCUGGAGAGGUGGGUACAUUUUAUGCCUACUGUAGCAUCCCGCUCUUCUGAGUCUUUUUUUUCCCCUUUCCUUCUUUCUUUCUUUCUUUCUUUCUUUCUUUCUUUCUUCUGAGUCUUGUAGUUAGCUUCAGCUGUUUUCAUACUUGCUUAUGUAUUCAGGCUGCCAGCAACUCACAAUCCUCCUGCCUGAGCAUCUGAGUGCUGGCAGUACAUGUGGCUGCUUCCCUGUGACUAUGUCUCUUAUUCCGUUGUUUUUCUAUUUCGUGAGUCCAGGCCAUUGCUUUCUCUAAGUUUCCUAGAACCAUCCUAGUAACCCAUUAGCAUCAUUUCCUGGAGGCCUGGCCAGGAUGUAGAUCCCACAGUACAGGGAUGUUCUUACAUCAAUAAACUCUGCUUUGCUUAGCAUUAUGUUUUCUCUUCCUCCCUCCUUUCCCAAAGCAAUCUGGGGACCUGAUCCCAUGCUCUCCUAGCUUCUACGCAUGCGCGCGUGCACACACACACAGGGACACACAUGCACAUACACACACACAAACAAACGGCUGGCUCUAUCUUCAAUAUACACAUUGCCUUUCCUCCAUUAGUGGUUCUAACAUUUCCUUGGUGGGGUUAUUUUGUGGCUUGACCUUAGUUAUUAGUCUGGUAGGCAGGUGAAAAGGGGUUGGUAGAUUCUGAGGGCUUGUUUGGUCUUGCAAGGUAGAUAUACUUAUGGGUGAGAGAUGAUGAGGCAAUAAAUUGCCCUUAAUGCAGCUUUUGAGUCCUCAAGGUGAUAUGGAUUUCUGAGGGUUGUAAAUGCGUGGAGAAAGAUGACCUGCCACACAUGGCCUAGUACUUUCCCCAACUGCUAGUCCAGACCUUGGUUCAGCAGACUUGCCAGACCUGAGAAUCACUUUGGAGUUCCACUGCUCUUAUAAUUAAGCCGUAGUCUGUACUCAGCUUUGACUUUUAUCCUUAGUCUUUGGUAAUUAAUCGUUCUCAGACUUUCAUUGUCUUUCUCCAUGGUAUAGAUUUACUGCAUCCACAGUUACAUAAGUUCAUCCUCAUGUGUUGCUGUCCUGAGACAGGGUCUCACUAACUCAGGUUGGUCUUGAACUUGCCACUGUCUUACCUUCAUCUUCCAAUUACAAAGGUUACAGGUAUAUGCCCUAUUCCUGUCCUUAAAUUACCAAUUCCCUUACAUUAAAAAAAGAAGAAGAAAGCCUGCUAGAUUGAACCUACUGGUACACUCUUCUAUUUGUAUUAUAUUCCAACCUUCUUCUUAAAAAGGCUUUAAUUUAUGUGUAUGCAUGUGUGUCUGUGCAUGUCAAGGCCCACAAGGCUGUGAGGUCCUCACUGCCAGCUACUCAUAGGCUAAUUCAGCUCCACUAUAUCAGGCUCCCUUCAUGGCACUUGGUGUUCUUGGGAAUCAACAUUGUGCAGUACAGAGGGAGUAGUAUUGAGGAGAAAUAGAAGCAGAAUAAAAUGUAGUCACAGAUAAAGCUCCAGCCAGUCAUUUUCUUGGGAGCUGACCUGAUCAGGGGAGCUCUGGAGCCAAGAAAGCCUUCAGAGUGGAUCUGUCCUGAACUUAACAUCUAGUCUGAAAAGGCUCUCCUGGAAGUGCUGUCAUGUGUCAUGCAGAAGCUCUCCUCAGCAGAGGGCAAUUCUGGAGCAGGCUUCAGCUGAGGGCUACUGGCACUGGCCAUUAACCCUCCCAGCGGCUAGGAAACAAGUGUCUUAGUUCAAAAGAGCCUGUAUUCUUUGGUAUGUAGGGAUAGAGGGAUGGGGAGCUGCUGUAGAGGUGGGGAGAGGGUAGAAUUAAUACCUUGAGACUUUGGACAUGAUCCUUGAGGGGUUGGGGAGAUGGCUCAGUGGUUAAGAGCACUGGCCGCUCCUCAGAGGAUCUGGGUUUGAUUCCCAGCACCCAUAGUGUGGCUUAUAAUUGUCUGUACCUCCUGUUCCAGGGGAUCUGGUGCCCUCUUCUGGCCCUCUCAGGCACUGCACAUACACGGUGCUUAGAUACACACAAGCAAAACAGUUAUACAAACAAAUAAAAUAAAAGACUUGAAGAACAAUUGACAGUUUUUAUCUAAUGAAGAGGGGGGAUGAAUGAGGGCGAUAUACAUUCAAACUGUACAUAAUCUCUAAUUCAUAAUCUCAUAAACACAUAAUCUCUAAUACCAUUUACAGCGCAGAAGAAAGGAAGUUAGGAUAUAAGCCAAUCUUUACUCAGAAGUGUAUGCCUUUUGCCAACGAGACUACAGCUAGUCCACUCAGUUUCUACAAGCUAAACUCAGACAGCUAACUUACUUUGGCUGCACAAAAUUGAGAAAUGUGAUUGGCUGUCACAGUGUAAAAAUUAGAGACAUCUAUACAUAAGUUUGGAUUUCUAGCUUCUCUUAAGUAACUGGAAGUUCUAGCAACAUGAGGUCAACAUCCCUGCAUGGCAGGAAUUGUCCGGAGCUGAGUGAUAUCUGCCCUUUAAACAUGGGUGGGCAUGGGCAGGGACACUCCUUAGUUAACCAGGUCUUCCUUUCCAUGAUGACUUGGUUUAGACUCCCUGUCACACCACUAUGCAUGGCUUAGCAAAGUUUACGGUGUGGAAUGGGCUGAUGGAUACUUAAUAUUGGUUUACAAGAACUGACUGAGUUCAUUAGAGAGGAGGCUGGGUGAAGGCUAGAACCUCCAUUGGCAAUGAGAGGCUUGGGGUGAAGGGGGAAAAAAUAGGACUUUGUACACAGGCGCACAGUCAGAUGAAUUAAUGCUCCAGUGGCUGGAGCCUGAGCAAAGAAAGGAGAGCAAGAAGCCAGCAGUGAAGGUUAGAGAGACAACCAGGAAGGAGCCAGUCAAGGGGAGGAAUGAGACAGAGGCUAUUUAGUAAUGGAAUGGUGAUGGUGUGUGUGUGUGUGGGGGGGGGCAGGGCUCAGCCACAUCUAAGUUUCAAAGAUAAAGAUGGAAUGCCAGGGCAAAGAGGAGCUAAUCAGGGGUUUCAGAGCCGGUGUGAGAAAGGGAAAGGGAGGUAGUGGUUCUAGCUGUUUAGCAGUGAAGUAGACACGUUGGGAUGCUAUUUGGGGCGAUGUGCUGUGAGUAAGGACUUUUUCCAGGGUCCUGGAUGCAGAAAGCACCAAAGGCCCUUUAAUCUUCUCUCAUUUCUCUUCAGCACUCCCAUCACCGCUGACGUCAUCUAAAGAAACCAGUAUCCAUGUUGCAGCUUUCAAGAAGGGAUCGUAGAAACAGCCAAUCUCUGUCCUUUUGUUUCAGUGGAAUGAAACAUUAACUUAAUUUGCAUCUUGGAAGAUCACUAACCUACCUAGACUUGAGACUUCUUUUACAGCUAUACCACUUUGUCCGUGGGCUACUAGCUCUGUGGAUUUUCUGUGGUGAAAUGAAAAUUGUGGUUUUGUUUCAUCUUAUCACCCAGUUGGUAUCUUCCUAUGUGGCUAAUGGUUGAUGGCUGCAGGCUGUUGUCUGAGUGCGCGUCCACACUUUUGUUUUUGAGACAAGGCCACACUAUGGAGCAGUGGUUGACUCAGGAGGAUUUGCUUGCCUCUAAUGAAAGCGAGCAUCUCCACAUCCUGCUUCUAAACACAUUUUAACACUGACUUAAUUCAAGUGCAUUGAAGAAAACUCAUUUCAAAGUCCAGUGUCAGAGCGCCUUUCCCUCCCCAUCCGAUGAGUAGAGAGCUUCACCCUGUAGCUCUGCUUGGCCUGGAAAUCCCCAAGUAGAACAGGCUAGCCCCGAGCAAACUAUCUUUUGGGUUUAUCCUCUUUUGUAAGUGUGCACAGCCAAUUCCACACAAGUCCUUCAAACUCUGGUUCUGGGCAUUGGGAAGGCCCUUGUUUCUGGAGAGCCAUCCUUCUCGAUUUGUUCUUAGAGUCAAACCAUUUUGGUACUUAUCAGCCCUUGGGCAUGUAUCCUGGAACCUCCAGUGCUCUGUUCAUCAGAUAGGUCAGGCUACUGAGUCCUACUGGAAAGGUUUGUUCGAAAGGCUGAAAUGCAUAAAUGUUAGGCCUUUUAAAGGUCUUUACAGUAUGGUGAACUAGUCUUCAAUCUGAAUUAUCAUCCGUGCAAAAAGUUUUAUUAACUUGGUUGUCCGUCAGUUUAGUUGAGGAAUUUCGGAUUGGGGAAUUCUAGUCUCCAACUUGGAUCACCACUGGGCCUUGCUUUGGAAUUUAAGCGACAUUAAAAAGAAAAAAAUCACGGAAUCUCUCUUGGCCUUCUUUUUACCCGUUUUCAGCAGCCUUCAGAAGCCCCAUCGACUGCGUGGCGGUGUGUGCCUUACAUUUUUAAGUGAAGAAAGCGGAGAGAGACUGACUCCAGCCUCCGGGACAGAUCAGCGACAGAGAUCAGCGGUCGGAGAGAAAGCCUAGCCUCAGGACACCCUAACUUCUAACCCCGGGAGCGAUCCAAGCCCGGAGGCCAGCGGGGGAAGGGCUGUUCGAGGCGGCGGUGGCAAUGACAGCCUACGCACCGGAGUCGGCUCAGAUUCUCUGGCCAGAGCCCCGCGCCAGUUUAGGUGGGGAGACCCGCGGCAGCGAGGGACGCGCGCCUCCGGGCCCGGAGGAGUUAGGUGACGUCACCUCCAGGAGGACUCGCUUUUUCAUUAAUGAAACCGGCCGGCCGCGGGCGCAUGCGCAGCAGGCCCCUUCCCUCUCGCUUCCCCCUCCCCUUUCCCAGCCGCGCUCUCAAUCUCAAGCUCGCUCGCUCUCCCUCUCCCCGAGCCGUGGAAAGGAUCCCACUUCCGGUGGGGUGUCAUGGCGGCGUCUCGGACUGUGAUGGCUGAGGGGAGACGGCGCUAGUGGGGAGAGCCACCCACAGGCGCCCUCCCCUCCCCGGGCUCCCCUCCCCACCCCUCCCCCAGUCUCCUCGCCAACGCCCCCUUCCCCUGUCCCCCUCCCGGCGGGCCGCGCGGGCCCCCGUCCCCACCCCCGUGGGAACGCUAGCUGCCCGCACUCCUCAGCCGCUCGGCUCGCCGCUGCCCUCACCUCCGCGCCGGCCGCCCGCCCGCCCUCAGGCGGGCCCCGGACGCCGGCCCUCCACCGCCCCCGGGUCGCCGGGAGGACAUGGCCGCACACAGGCCGGUGGAAUGGGUCCAGGCCGUGGUCAGCCGCUUCGACGAGCAGCUUCCAAUAAAGACAGGACAGCAGAACACACAUACCAAAGUCAGCACCGAGCACAACAAGGAGUGUCUGAUCAACAUUUCCAAAUACAAGUUUUCUCUGGUCAUCAGUGGGCUCACCACCAUCCUAAAGAAUGUUAACAAUAUGAGGAUAUUUGGAGAAGCUGCUGAAAAAAAUUUGUAUCUCUCUCAGUUGAUCAUAUUGGAUACACUGGAAAAAUGUCUUGCUGGGCAACCAAAGGACACAAUGAGAUUAGAUGAGACAAUGCUGGUCAAACAAUUACUACCAGAAAUCUGCCAUUUUCUUCACACCUGCCGUGAAGGAAACCAACAUGCAGCCGAACUUCGGAAUUCUGCCUCUGGGGUUUUAUUUUCUCUCAGCUGCAACAACUUCAAUGCAGUCUUUAGUCGCAUUUCUACAAGGUUACAGGAGUUGACUGUCUGUUCAGAAGAUAAUGUUGAUGUUCACGAUAUAGAAUUGUUACAGUAUAUCAAUGUGGAUUGUGCAAAAUUAAAACGACUUCUGAAGGAAACAGCAUUUAAAUUUAAAGCCCUGAAGAAGGUUGCACAGUUGGCAGUUAUAAAUAGCCUAGAAAAGGCUUUUUGGAACUGGGUAGAAAAUUAUCCGGAUGAAUUUACAAAGCUAUACCAAAUUCCACAGACAGAUAUGGCUGAAUGUGCAGAGAAGCUGUUUGACUUGGUGGAUGGUUUUGCAGAAAGCACCAAACGUAAAGCAGCAGUGUGGCCCCUACAAAUCAUUCUCCUUAUCUUGUGUCCAGAAAUAAUCCAGGACAUCUCCAAGGAUGUGGUGGACGAGAGCAACAUAAACAAGAAGCUGUUUCUGGACAGUUUACGGAAAGCACUCGCUGGCCAUGGAGGAAGCAGGCAGCUGACUGAGAGUGCUGCCAUUGCUUGUGUCAAGUUGUGUAAAGCAAGUACUUACAUCAACUGGGAAGAUAAUUCUGUCAUUUUCCUACUGGUUCAGUCCAUGGUAGUUGAUCUUAAGAACCUGCUUUUUAAUCCAAGUAAACCAUUCUCUAGAGGCAGUCAGCCUGCAGAUGUGGACCUCAUGAUUGACUGUCUUGUCUCUUGCUUUCGGAUAAGCCCUCACAACAACCAACACUUUAAGAUCUGCCUGGCUCAGAAUUCACCUUCUACAUUUCACUAUGUGUUGGUAAACUCACUGCACCGCAUCAUCACCAAUAGCACUUUCAAGCAUGGACUUGGCACUGCUUCUGCGUUGGAUUGGUGGCCUAAGAUUGAUGCUGUAUAUUGUCACUCAGUUGAACUUCGCAAUAUGUUUGGUGAAACACUUCAUAAAGCAGUGCAAGGCUGUGGAGCGCACCCAGCAAUACGAAUGGCACCAAGUCUCACCUUUAAAGAAAAGGUAACAAGCCUUAAAUUUAAAGAAAAGCCUACAGACCUAGAGACAAGGAGCUACAAAUGUCUUCUUUUGUCCAUGGUGAAACUGAUUCAUGCAGACCCAAAGCUUUUGCUUUGUAAUCCAAGAAAACAGGGCCCUGAAACUCAGAGCAGUACAGCAGAACUAAUUACAGGGCUCGUACAACUGGUUCCUCAGUCACACAUGCCAGAGGUCGCUCAGGAGGCUAUGGAGGCUUUGCUGGUCCUUCAUCAGUUAGAUAGCAUUGAUCUCUGGAAUCCUGACGCUCCUGUAGAGACAUUCUGGGAAAUCAGCUCACAAAUGCUUUUUUACAUCUGCAAGAAAUUAACUAGCCAUCAAAUGCUUAGUAGCACAGAAAUUCUCAAGUGGUUACGGGAAAUUCUGAUCUGCAGAAAUAAAUUUCUUCUUAAAAAUAAGCAGGCAGAUAGAAGCUCCUGUCAUUCUCUCUACCUUUAUGGAGUAGGAUGUGAAAUGUCUGCUACUGGAAAUACCACUCAGAUGUCAGUUGAUCAUGAUGAGUUCCUGCGUGCCUGUACUCCUGGAGCAUCUCUGCGGAAAGGAAGAGGGAAUUCCUCCAUGGAUAGCACAGCAGGGUGCAGUGGAACCCCACCUAUAUGCCGACAAGCCCAGACCAAGCUAGAAGUGGCCUUAUACAUGUUUCUGUGGAAUCCUGACACUGAAGCUGUUCUGGUUGCUAUGUCCUGUUUCCGCCACCUCUGUGAAGAAGCAGAUAUUCGAUGUGGGGUAGAUGAAGUGUCAGUACACAACUUCUUGCCCAACUAUAACACAUUCAUGGAAUUUGCCUCAGUCAGCAAUAUGAUGUCAACAGGAAGAGCAGCGCUUCAGAAAAGAGUGAUGGCCCUGCUAAGGCGCAUUGAGCACCCUACUGCAGGAAACAUUGAGGCCUGGGAAGAUACACAUGCAAAGUGGGAACAGGCUACAAAACUAAUCCUUAACUACCCAAAAGCCAAAAUGGAAGAUGGCCAGGCUGCAGAAAGUCUUCAUAAGACCAUUGUUAAGAGACGGAUGUCCCAUGUCAGUGGAGGAGGCUCCAUAGACUUGUCUGACACAGACUCCCUGCAGGAGUGGAUCAACAUGACUGGCUUCCUUUGUGCCCUUGGUGGGGUGUGCCUGCAACAGAGAAGCAGCUCUGGCCUAGCGACAUACAGCCCACCUAUGGGCGCUGUCAGUGAACGCAAAGGGUCUAUGAUUUCUGUAAUGUCUUCUGAAGGGAAUAUUGAUUCACCUGUCAGCAGAUUUAUGGACCGGCUUCUGUCCUUAAUGGUGUGUAACCACGAGAAAGUGGGGCUUCAGAUACGGACCAAUGUUAAGGACCUGGUGGGUCUGGAGUUGAGUCCUGCUCUGUAUCCAAUGCUGUUUAACAAACUGAAGAAUACCAUCAGCAAGUUUUUUGACUCUCAAGGACAGGUAUUACUAAGUGACAGCAAUACUCAGUUUGUAGAGCAAACCAUAGCCAUAAUGAAAAACCUACUGGAUAAUCAUACUGAAGGCAGCUCUGAGCAUCUGGGACAAGCGAGCAUUGAGACAAUGAUGCUAAAUCUGGUCAGAUACGUUCGUGUUCUUGGGAAUAUGGUCCAUGCAAUACAAAUAAAAACAAAAUUGUGUCAGUUAGUUGAAGUCAUGAUGGCAAGAAGAGAUGACCUCUCGUUUUGUCAAGAGAUGAAAUUUAGGAAUAAGAUGGUAGAAUAUCUAACAGACUGGGUUAUGGGAACAUCAAACCAAGCAGCAGAUGAUGACAUAAAAUGUCUUACGAGAGAUCUGGACCAAGCAAGCAUGGAAGCAGUAGUUUCUCUCCUCGCUGGUCUUCCACUGCAGCCCGAAGAAGGAGAUGGGGUGGAGCUGAUGGAGGCCAAAUCACAGUUAUUCCUUAAGUACUUCACAUUAUUUAUGAACCUUUUGAAUGACUGUAGUGAAGUUGAAGAUGAAAAUGCACAAACGGGUGGCAGGAAACGUGGCAUGUCUCGGAGGCUGGCAUCCCUGAGGCACUGUACAGUGCUUGCAAUGUCAAACUUACUCAAUGCUAAUGUGGACAGUGGACUCAUGCACUCCAUAGGCUUAGGUUAUCACAAGGAUCUUCAGACAAGAGCUACGUUUAUGGAAGUUCUGACAAAAAUCCUUCAACAAGGAACAGAAUUCGAUACACUUGCGGAAACGGUGUUGGCAGAUCGAUUUGAGAGACUUGUGGAACUGGUCACAAUGAUGGGAGACCAGGGAGAACUCCCUAUAGCUAUGGCUCUUGCCAAUGUGGUCCCUUGUUCUCAGUGGGAUGAGCUGGCUCGGGUUCUGGUCACUCUGUUUGAUUCCCGGCAUUUACUCUACCAGCUGCUCUGGAACAUGUUUUCUAAGGAGGUAGAAUUGGCAGACUCCAUGCAGACUCUCUUUCGAGGCAACAGCUUGGCCAGUAAGAUAAUGACAUUCUGCUUCAAGGUGUAUGGUGCUACUUACCUACAAAAGCUCUUGGACCCUUUAUUACGAGUCAUCAUCACAUCUUCGGAUUGGCAACAUGUUAGCUUUGAAGUGGAUCCUACCAGGUUAGAACCCUCUGAGAGCCUUGAGGAGAACCAGAGGAACCUCCUUCAGAUGACAGAGAAGUUCUUCCAUGCCAUCAUCAGCUCUUCCUCAGAAUUCCCCUCACAGCUUCGAAGUGUCUGCCAUUGUUUGUACCAGGCAACUUGCCACUCCCUACUGAAUAAAGCUACAGUAAAAGAAAGAAAGGAAAACAAAAAAUCAGUGGUUAGCCAGCGCUUCCCUCAGAACAGCAUCGGUGCCGUAGGAAGUGCCAUGUUUCUCAGAUUCAUCAAUCCUGCCAUUGUCUCGCCGUAUGAAGCAGGGAUUUUAGAUAAAAAGCCACCACCUAGAAUUGAAAGGGGCUUGAAGUUAAUGUCAAAGGUACUUCAGAGCAUUGCCAAUCAUGUACUGUUCACAAAAGAAGAGCAUAUGAGACCUUUUAAUGAUUUUGUGAAAAGCAACUUUGACUUGGCACGAAGGUUUUUCCUAGAUAUAGCAUCAGAUUGUCCCACAAGUGAUGCAGUAAACCAUAGUCUUUCCUUCAUCAGCGAUGGCAAUGUGCUUGCUUUACAUCGGCUGCUUUGGAACAAUCAGGAGAAAAUUGGCCAGUAUCUUUCCAGUAACAGGGAUCAUAAAGCUGUUGGAAGACGACCUUUUGAUAAGAUGGCCACACUUCUCGCGUAUCUGGGUCCUCCGGAGCACAAGCCUGUGGCAGAUACACACUGGUCCAGCCUUAACCUUACCAGUUCAAAGUUUGAGGAAUUUAUGACCAGGCACCAGGUACAUGAGAAAGAAGAGUUCAAGGCCUUGAAAACGUUAAGCAUCUUCUACCAAGCUGGCACCUCCAAAGCUGGGAAUCCUAUUUUUUAUUAUGUUGCACGGAGGUUCAAAACUGGCCAGAUCAAUGGUGAUCUGCUGAUAUACCAUGUCUUGCUGACUUUAAAGCCAUAUUAUGCAAAGCCAUAUGAAAUUGUAGUGGACCUUACCCAUACUGGGCCUAGCAAUCGCUUUAAAACAGACUUCCUCUCUAAGUGGUUUGUUGUCUUUCCUGGCUUUGCCUAUGACAACGUCUCUGCAGUCUAUAUCUAUAACUGUAACUCCUGGGUCAGGGAGUAUACCAAAUACCAUGAGCGGCUGCUGACUGGCCUCAAGGGCAGCAAAAGGCUCAUUUUCAUCGACUGUCCUGGGAAGCUGGCUGAACAUAUAGAGCAUGAGCAACAGAAACUCCCUGCUGCUACCUUGGCUUUGGAAGAAGAUCUAAAGGUUUUCCACAAUGCUCUCAAGUUAGCUCACAAGGACACCAAAGUUUCUAUUAAGGUUGGUUCUACUGCUGUUCAGGUAACUUCAGCAGAAAGAACAAAAGUUUUGGGGCAAUCCGUCUUUUUAAAUGAUAUUUACUAUGCUUCUGAAAUCGAAGAGAUCUGCCUAGUUGAUGAGAACCAGUUCACUCUAACCAUUGCAAACCAAGGCACACCACUGACCUUCAUGCACCAAGAAUGUGAAGCCAUUGUUCAGUCUAUCAUUCAUAUCAGGACCCGCUGGGAGCUGUCACAACCUGACUCCAUCCCUCAGCAUACCAAGAUUCGACCAAAGGAUGUCCCUGGGACACUGCUUAAUAUUGCGUUACUGAAUUUGGGCAGUUCAGACCCUAGUUUACGGUCUGCUGCCUAUAAUCUCCUGUGUGCCUUAACCUGCACCUUUAAUUUAAAGAUUGAAGGUCAGUUGCUAGAGACAUCGGGGUUAUGCAUCCCUGCCAACAACACACUCUUCAUUGUCUCUAUCAGUAAGACGCUCGCAGCCAAUGAGCCACACCUCACCUUAGAGUUUUUGGAAGAGUGUAUUUCUGGAUUUAGCAAAUCUAGUAUUGAAUUGAAGCACCUUUGUUUGGAAUAUAUGACCCCAUGGCUGUCAAAUCUAGUCCGUUUUUGUAAGCAUAAUGAUGAUGCCAAACGACAAAGGGUUACUGCCAUCCUUGAUAAGCUAAUAACAAUGACUAUAAACGAGAAGCAGAUGUAUCCUUCUAUUCAAGCAAAAAUCUGGGGGAGCCUUGGGCAGAUCACAGACCUGCUGGAUGUUGUGCUUGACAGUUUCAUCAAGACCAGUGCGACAGGAGGCUUAGGGUCUAUCAAAGCUGAGGUGAUGGCAGACACAGCUGUGGCUUUAGCUUCUGGAAAUGUGAAAUUGGUGUCGAGUAAGGUUAUUGGAAGGAUGUGUAAAAUAAUUGACAAGACUUGCUUAUCCCCAACUCCAACUUUAGAACAACAUCUUAUGUGGGACGACAUUGCCAUUUUAGCCCGCUACAUGCUGAUGCUGUCCUUCAACAACUCCCUCGAUGUGGCGGCUCAUCUGCCCUAUCUCUUCCAUGUUGUCACUUUCUUAGUAGCCACAGGUCCCUUGUCCCUCCGAGCUUCCACACAUGGGCUGCUCAUCAAUAUCAUUCACUCUCUGUGUACUUGUUCUCAGCUUCACUUUAGUGAAGAGACCAAGCAAGUUUUGAGGCUCAGUCUAACAGAGUUCUCGUUACCCAAAUUUUACUUACUGUUUGGCAUUAGCAAAGUCAAGUCGGCUGCUGUCAUUGCCUUCCGUUCCAGUUACCGGGACCGCUCCUUCUCCCCUGGCUCCUAUGAGAGGGAGACUUUUGCUUUGACGUCCCUGGAAACAGUCACAGAAGCUUUGUUGGAGAUCAUGGAGGCAUGUAUGAGAGAUAUUCCAACAUGCAAGUGGCUGGAUCAGUGGACAGAACUAGCUCAAAGAUUUGCGUUUCAGUAUAACCCAUCGCUGCAGCCAAGAGCUCUUGUGGUGUUUGGCUGUAUUAGCAAACGAGUGUCUCAUGGGCAGAUAAAGCAGAUUAUCCGAAUUCUUAGCAAGGCACUUGAAAGUUGUUUAAAAGGACCUGACACUUACAACAGUCAAGUUCUGAUAGAAUCUACGGUGAUAGCACUAACAAAAUUACAGCCGCUUCUUAAUAAGGACUCGCCCCUGCACAAAGCCCUCUUUUGGGUUGCUGUGGCUGUGCUGCAGCUGGACGAAGUCAACUUGUAUUCAGCCGGCACUGCACUUCUGGAACAAAACCUGCACACCUUGGACAGUCUCCGGAUAUUCAAUGACAAGAGUCCGGAAGAAGUAUUUAUGGCGAUCCGGAAUCCUCUGGAAUGGCACUGCAAGCAGAUGGAUCACUUUGUCGGACUCAACUUCAACUCUAACUUUAACUUUGCACUAGUUGGACACCUCUUAAAAGGGUACAGGCAUCCUUCACCUGCCAUUGUUGCAAGAACAGUCAGAAUUUUGCAUACACUACUAACUCUCGUUAACAAACAUAGAAAUUGUGACAAAUUUGAGGUGAAUACACAGAGUGUGGCUUACUUAGCAGCUCUACUCACAGUGUCUGAAGAGGUUCGAAGUCGCUGUAGCCUCAAGCAUAGGAAGUCCCUUCUUCUUACUGAUAUUUCAAUGGAAAAUGUUCCUAUGGAUACAUAUCCCAUUCAUCACGGUGACCCCAGCUAUAGGACACUAAAGGAGACCCAGCCAUGGUCCUCUCCCAAAGGUUCAGAAGGAUACCUUGCAGCCACCUACCCAGCUGUAGGCCAAACCAGUCCCCGAGCCAGGAAAUCCAUGAGCUUGGAUAUGGGACAGCCUUCUCAGGCCAACACAAAAAAAUUGCUUGGAACAAGAAAAAGUUUUGAUCACUUGAUAUCUGACACAAAGGCUCCUAAAAGACAAGAAAUGGAAUCAGGGAUUACAACACCCCCGAAAAUGAGAAGAGUGGCAGAGACUGACUAUGAAAUGGCAGAAACCCAAAGGAUUCCCUCCUCGCAGCAGCACCCACAUUUACGGAAAGUCUCAGUCUCUGAAUCAAAUGUUCUUUUGGAUGAAGAAGUUCUUACCGACCCAAAGAUCCAAGCGCUGCUUCUUACUGUUCUGGCUACACUGGUAAAAUAUACUACAGAUGAAUUUGAUCAACGGAUUCUUUAUGAAUAUCUAGCAGAGGCCAGCGUUGUGUUUCCCAAAGUGUUUCCUGUUGUGCACAAUUUGUUGGACUCUAAGAUCAAUACCCUCUUGUCUUUAUGCCAAGAUCCAAAUUUGUUAAAUCCAAUCCAUGGAAUUGUACAGAGUGUGGUGUACCAUGAGGAGUCCCCGCCACAGUACCAGACAUCUUACCUGCAAAGUUUUGGUUUUAAUGGCUUAUGGCGGUUUGCAGGACCCUUUUCAAAGCAAACACAAAUCCCUGACUAUGCUGAGCUCAUUGUUAAAUUUCUUGAUGCCUUGAUUGACACGUACUUGCCUGGAAUUGAUGAAGAAACCAGUGAGGAGUCCCUCCUGACACCCACAUCUCCUUACCCUCCUGCACUGCAGAGCCAGCUUAGUAUCACUGCCAACCUUAACCUCUCUAAUUCCAUGACCUCACUUGCAACUUCCCAGCAUUCCCCAGGACUCGACAAGGAGAACGUUGAACUCUCCCCCACCGCUGGCCACUGUAACAGUGGACGGACUCGCCAUGGAUCCGCAAGCCAAGUGCAGAAGCAAAGAAGUGCUGGCAGUUUCAAACGUAAUAGCAUUAAGAAGAUCGUGUGAAGCGUUCUUUGUUUCACUCUUCAAACCAACCUAACAUGGCUUCUCACUAGUGACCCCUCACCUUGCACUGCUGCACUUCGUGUCUUAUGAUCCCAUCUGGUCGCCGUGUCGCCAGACGGUCAUCUCUUGGAGCAUUGCCUAAGUUUAAUGCUGCUUUUCUUUGAUGUUUUUCCUUCUACUUUGGCAUGUGUCUGGUUGAGCACUUGUUCUGAGGACAGCAGAGACAGCAGGCGGUCAGGAGGCCUGACUGAGAGCGUGGACCGUGGGUGUGGAUGAACCCUGCAGUGCUGCCGCUGCCGCAAGCCACGGGCCGUACGCGGAGGACGGCCUUCUGUGUUCCCGUCUUGCAGAGUGAAGGGGUCGUCUUAGUUACACACUUAUAAGUUUGGGGGAGAAAUCAUAUUUUAACCCCAGUGUAUUUAAUCUUCUAGCUGUGGACUUUUUUUUUUUUUUUUUUUUACCUUAUGUAGUUGAAGGAACCACAGAGGCCAAGCCUCAAUAAAGCCACAGGCCAGGGACUGAGGGAGGGGCAAACUAAUAUUUUGUAACGAAUUCUUAAGAAAUACUAACAUUUGAGUCUUAGCAAUAAGUACAGGAAAAUAAGCGUGACACACACAUCUUAACAUUGCUGAAUUAAAGCUAUUGGUUCUGAGGCCUUAUACAUACUUGGUCAUCCAACCUGGGUAAUUUUUUUCCAGUUGAUUAUCUUUUAAUUUUUACAUAUGAAGGUGUUCUGUUCUUUUUUUUUUUUUUUAAGCCAAGACUAUACUAAGUAUAGAAACUACACUUGUGUUUGCACUUGCUUUCUCCUCUUUCCUAAGUGAUUCUAAGCAGGGUAAUUUGCAGACAGAGUGGUGAGACUCGUUUCCACAAGGUAAUUUUCAUAGCUCUUUCCAUUGGCUCCGUAGCAAAAUGGAAUGGUACGUGACAUAGGGUAGGUGAUAUUUUUAUUUUGUUAAAUAAUUUUCCAAGAAACAGAAUAUGCUGUAUAUUAUCAUAAAUUUCUUUGAUAAGAUGUAUUUUUAAAAUCUUUUAAUCUUACUCCUCUCCUCCAAAUAAAAUCAGGAAUCUCUAGCAAAACAUUUGGAUUCUAUCUGAUAGGAUUGCAUUUAGUCACUGUGAAGUCUGGCCGGCCUGUGUGGUAUGGACACAGGACCUCUAGGAUCGCUGCUGUGCAGAGUGGCUGGACCAGUGGGACUCAGGCCCUUCCAAGGGAUGCACACCCAGCUGCUUCAUGGUACCCGCAGGAUGCAAGACAGUUUGACUUUAGUGAGCACAGUAGUACAUGGAUGCUCUCAGUUAAGAUUGAACUAUAUUUAUUUUUAAAAGGUAUUAUCCCUCUACUUCCAGGUUCCCUUCAUGUAUUAAGACAUAAUGGCUUUGGGAGGGACCAAAAGAAACCCAGUAGGGUGUGGACAGGUCCUGUAGUGCUGGCUCACUAGUGGAUUUCAGUAAGUUAAACUCCACAGCUAAGUCAAUAAAUAAUGGUACAUUUAAGUAUUCUGACUUUAAUAAUAUAACACGUUUCACACUUAUCCAUACAGUAACAAUGUAAUAUGUUAAUGUAAAUAAAAUUGCUUUUGAUAUUCAGAAAUAACAAUUUAAUUUUUUUAAUUUGUUUACAGCCCUGGGAAAAGUAAGAACCAUUUGCCAAAAUAAAAGGAAACCCCUUAGUGUUAGUAGUGAUUUUAACAUAGAAUCACUGGAGACUACUGGAGACAGAUGCAGCAAACUGAGCUCUUGUAAAGGCUGCCUUAGAAUAACUGUCAGAGCAGAUAACCAAGGCUGGGAGGCUGAGAUGCCAGCUGAGUUUAGCCGCAGGAGGCCCGUGGCUUAGCUGCCAGGCCCGGCUCCCCACCGCAGUACUGCUGGGGUGCACCCCGCUCUGGCUCCUGCAACCGUGGGCAGCACAGACUGAGGCUGCUGUAACUCUAGUUGCUUGGCUUUUUUAAAGUCAUUGAGUUCCAUUACUGGCCCAUUACUGUUUUGCUUCCCCCAUCAAAACAGGACAACUUAUAAAUGUGCACUCUUCCUGUAGCGGGUUUCCCCAUAGUUCUUAAACUGCCCCACUUGAGCUCCUAUGGAAAGAUCAAACGGAGCCACUUCUGACCAGUACAUCCCAGGAAACUGGGGCAGCAUUCCAGUUUUAUCUAAUAGACAGAACUUCCAGCUUUUGAGGAAAGUCUAUCUUUGCAAGCAACUGAACCUACAGAGCUUAAAGUAUCACUAGCUGCCCCUCCCCCAAAGGAGACUCUAAUUACAGGAGCAGCUGAAGGUCUGAGUAAUGUCCCAUUUUACACAAUUUGGUGUGAGUUCUGUGAUUCAUUUUCAAUUUGUGUUUCCCUGACUUAAAAGAAAACAAAAAAACACUAACGGCUGUGUUUGUGCGUUUGGCUGGUACUCCUCCCCUGGGCUCCCAUGCCCUCACUGUGGGGACACUGCACUCUGCUGGACAGUUACUCUUGCCUGCAUAGUGCUGAGGCCGGAGCCUGGACAGUGCAGACUGCCACAGCCCCAGUGGGGGGACUCGCCCCAGCAACCACUUCCUUGGGGGGUUUAAGGUUGCAAGUUUCCUCUGGGAGAUCUGGCUUUUGUUUUCCAGGUUUGGAGGAGUUUCCCCCCCCCCCUUUUUUUUUCUACAUUACUCCCCAAGCAUAUUGAAGCAUGUCUUAUUCAAUGUUAUGCAAUGGACUUCCACAAAAAUUCACUUAGUGUCAGCCACACAAUUUUUUUUUAAUGCGGUAUAUUCCCCUGUAAAUAGUUUGUGUAAAAUUUGACAGAAAAGUCUAUUUACUACAUUGUAAAUACAUGUGAUGAUAUAUUGUAUUAUUUUGCUUUUUUGUAAAGCAGUUAGUUGCUGUACAUGGAUAACAAACAAAAAUUUGAUUAUUCUUGUG